AUGAACACAGUUCUGCGCAAACGUAAACUUACAACGGAGCAGAAGAAUAAUAUCGUUAAACUCGCUAAAACAAAUCCAAAGAUGAGGCAAGAUGAGAUUGCGAGGCAGUUUGGUGUGGAUAGAUCGACGAUAUCAAAGGUUUUGACGGAUGCAAAGAAAGCGAGAAAACUUGCGAGUGAUAAUACUGAAUUUGGCAAUCAGGAGGAGCCCGUUGAGCAAUUGACGCAGGAUAAUUAUUCACACUCAACGGGUAGUCGCAGUAGAUCAUGCUCAAAUGAAAUGAAAGAAACGAGUGAAAUUAGUAUACCACUUGAUAUUUACAGUACAGGAUAUCAAACACAAACACAUUACAGUCCAUAUUCAAGUUAUUCAUCGUCUUUGGAAUCAUCACACUCACAAACAAUUAAUCAGCACUUUGAUUCACUUAGUUUUACUAAUUAUAUAAGUUAUGAGGAGGAUGAGCAUGAUGACAAAGGUUUUGUUAGUGAGCUUAAGGUACUUGAUGCACUUGGUGUGGUUAAGAAGUUUUUGGAGGAGAGGAGUUCUGUUGAAGGUACUCAUACUCAUACUCAUAGCCAUAGUAACAAUCAGAUACACACAAAUAGCCACAACAAUCACUUCAUACCCAAUACACAAGAUAUAACAAACAUUGACAACUUAUUUUAUCGGAUUCAGUCGAGUAUUGACGAGGAUGUACAAUUUUAUUGA